UGCGGGUUUCCCGGGCAACCAGCGCAUACUUCAUGACGUAACUGAAACAUUCCCUUAUCUUUUUUUUCUCCUGUACCAACAUGGCGGCUGAAGCGGAAGAAGAGGAAGAAUCCUUGCAACAGGAGCUACAGGUGCUAGAGUCUAUUUACCCCGAUGAACUGCAGAUCUGCCGGGGAGAGAGAGUGGUUCUUAGCAUCACACUACACCCAGCCACCGGCCAUGAUGAAGAAACACAGUAUGUCAGAAUUACACUGGAGCUGUCUCUUCCCCCAAAGUAUCCGGCAGAGGUACCAGAGAUCAGCGUGAAAAACCCCAGAGGCCUGUGUGAUGAUCAGAUAAACAGCAUUGUCAGCUCUCUGCGCUCCGUGGCUGAGCAGGGGGUCGGCUGCCCAAUUCUCUAUGAGCUGAUUGAGAAAGGAAAGGAGAUGCUGACUGACAGUAAUAUCCCCCGUGGCCAUUGUGUCAUCUGCUUAUAUAACUUCCAGGAGGGGGAUUCACUGACCAAGACCCCAUGUUUCCACCAUUUCCAUUCAUACUGCCUGGGUCGCUAUGCGCAGCACAGUACAGAACAGAAGCAGAUGGAGGAGCUUUCAGUUUUGUGCCCCGUUUGCCGCGAGGAUGUGACCUGUGACAUCAUCAAACUACAAGCAGCUCCGCCCCCCUUGCACCCAGAGGAGAUAUAUACCCCGGAUUGUAUCACCCUGGAGAAACAGAAGGAGCUGCAUCAGAUUUACCAGGCUCAACUCGCUAAAGGAGGGAUAAUUGACAUUGAGGCAGAAAGGAACCGUUUUUUCAUCAGCAUCCAAGAGCCACCACCACAAUUCGAUGCUGUCCUUGAACCCCAGCCAGAUGAAGUGCAGUCACCUCAGCCAGAGUUAGAGCCACCACCACCACCACCAGUGGAGUCCAAACUUCCCUGCUCCAGGGGCCACCCAGGCAGGCAAAGACCAGGGUACAGGAGUCAGCACUACCGGCCUGUACAUACUGAUCACAAUGCCAACAGCCAUCUGCACCACGGCAGAGGGAGAAAGUUCCACGGCAGAGGGAGACCUGAAAGAUACGACUUGAGCGGGGACGGUAAACCAGCCAUAAGUAGAGACCACGAUGUGCCGGGACGGGGGAACUACAGGGGCCGCAAUUUUAGGACUGGUGCAAUAGUCCAGCCUCCUCCCAGAGGCAGAGGGGAACACUAUAUGAAACACAAUCCCCUAUAGCACAUUAUUUAACUGCCAGAAAAUGUAUUCAAAAAAAGAGAUUAUAUGAUUAAUAAACUGAGGCAGCACCAUUCCAGGCCGAGGUGCAAUAAUCAGACACUUGGUGCUGCGUGAACGAAGGGCAGAAAUAAAGAUUACGGGGGAGCAAUGUUGCAGGUUCGGUUUGAAUUGCCAGAUGGCUGUGUAAAUUAUUGGCUGAUCUGGGCCAAGGCUGCGUGCAAUAAGGAGGGAGUCUAGAGGCCAGGGCAUGUAUGCACUACUCCAAAAUGCGAGGCUGAACUUUAUCAUGUGGUUCUCUAUCCUCUCAGCAGCCGUCUUAAAGGCACAGACUGAAUCGGGACCCACAUGGUAGUAAGUUCCCCCCAGUGCAGAAGGCUUUACAUUGUGAGAAGCCAAGCAGUGCUUUGUGUGUGUGUGCGCUAAUAAAAGCAACCGUGUGAUGUGCUUAAAGAAAUAGUGCAAAACGACAUGAGGGCCCAUUGUGCUCCGCCGAGUGCAGUGGAUAAGGGGAUUCUAUUUAUCAAAAUAAAGGAUGUUAUUGCCUGAAA